AUGAACAUCGAUGCGAAUGACUUUUUGCCGCAGUUGACUUGUAAUAAAAAUUACAUCAAGAAAAAAAAGUAUCUAAAGCGGAAGCGUAAAGCCGAGUUAGAAAGAGAACAAAAAAUCAACAAAUUAUCUUCUGGGGAAAGGAAAAAAAAAAAGGCCCGUAAAGAUUCACCUGAUAUAAAUAAAAAAAAGGUCAAGGUACGAAAGCCGAAAACUGUGGUAUCUGGUGUGAAAACAGGUAAAGAAACGUUGCUCAAGAAAAAAGCCAAGGCGCUCGUUCAGGAAACUAAAGCAAAGAAAAAGCUGAAAAAGGUUUCCUCCAUUAAGGCAAAAUCUGUUAAGUCCGCAUCUGAGAAGCCUUCUUCGAAAAAACUUAAUACAAAACAAACGGGGGCUCGCAAAGCCAAUGAUACACCUCGGGAUCCUAAAACCAGAGCCUCUCACACCACUCCUUCUUCUAUUCGGAGGAAAAAGGCGAAGCCCCUUUCUCUUUCGCCUGACGUGCAAACUUUAAACAGUUCACUAACCAUUGAUGAACUUGAUCACGUGUUGAUUGAGCAGACGAUACGUGGACAGGAUUACGCCAUCGGCGAAGAACCCUUCGCGCAGGCGCGGAAUUUCGUUCGCGAGGACCCCACGCUUUACCCCCCGGAGAUCGCAUUCUGUGAGGACCUCGCAGAGGAAAAAGAAGGGGAGGAUCUCACCGAAGAUGCCCUUUUAGAUAACGCGCAUCGCUAUUUUAAAGAGCUAAAUGCGAAGGAACAGCAAAUUAACCAAUCGGCUGCGGCUUAUUUGAAGAAAAUGCGCGCAAUUAAUCACCGUGGAGGGGAUAAAGAUGGGUUUCGGUAUGUUCUCCCGAGCAGUGUAAAGCAAGUAGCGCGCCAGAUGAUGUUGGCGAGCAGCGCGGCGGCCACCAAUGAGAAUAAAAAAGUUUCGUCUUUAGCGAUGGUGGAUACGACGCCGUUGGAUUCUACUUUUAAUGGAGAUGGGGAGCGUUUAACGGAAAAGAAACCGGUGCGUUCUCGCCGCCGUCGUCCAAGUACGUUUUCUGAUUUUUAUAAAUUUCAAGUCAGUAAACGAUGGACUCAGAACGCCGAGAGCUUUUUAAAUCGCGGCCGAGUAAACAAAACACUCUUCGAAGCAAAGAAGCACCAGCGGAAUAUUUGGAAGCUCUAA